UUGGUGGAUGGUGGCAGUCGCUGUGCUGGGAGAGUGGAGGUUCUUCAUGAUGAUCAGUGGGGAACAGUGUGUGAUUAUAACUGGAAUAUUAGUGAUGCUGCAGUGGUGUGUGGAGAGCUGGGUUGUGGAGAAGCUGUAGACGCACUAAGCACAGCUUACUUUGGACCAGGAUCAGGACCAAUCUGGAUGGAUGAUGUGGGCUGUAGCGGGUCAGAGUCUACACUGAUGAAUUGUACAUUCCCAGAAUGGGGUGAAAAUUACUGUGAUCAUGAUGAAGAUGCUGGAGUCAUUUGUUCAGGUAAUCUUCAGUACAGAGUCAGGCUGGUUGGUGGUUCUCACUGCUCUGGGAGAGUGGAGGUGCUUAAUGGAGAGAUCUGGUCGACAGUGUGUGAUGCUGACUUUGACCAGCAGGAUGCAGAGGUUGUAUGUCGAGAGUUGGGCUGUGGGCUUCCUGUGGAGGUGCUGGGAGCAGCUGCUUUUGGCAGAGGGGAGGGUCAAGUGUGGUCAGAGGAGCUUCAAUGUAGAGGGAAUGAAUCUGAGAUUUCCUUCUGUCCGACAUCACCUUCACUCAAACACAACUGCUCCCAUGAUGUGGGACUGGUGUGCGCUGGAGUCAGGCUGGUUGGUGGUUCUCACUGCUCUGGGAGAGUGGAGGUGCUUCAUGGAGAGACCUGGUCCACAGUGUGUGAUAGUAACUUUGACCAGCAGGAUGCAGAGGUUGUGUGUCGAGAGCUGGGCUGUGGGCUUCCUGUGGAGGUGCUGGAAGCAGCUGCUUUUGGCAGAGGGGAGGGUCAGGUGUGGUCAGAGGAGCUUCACUGUCGAGGCAAUGAAUCUGUGAUUUCCUUCUGUCCAGCAUCAUCUUCACUCAAACACAACUGCACUCAUGACAGUGAUGUGGGACUGGUGUGCAGUGUGAGGUUGGUGGAUGGUAGCAGUCGCUGUGCUGGGAGAGUGGAGGUUCUUCAUAGAGGUCAGUGGGGAACAGUGUGUGAUGAUAACUGGGAUAUGAGUGAUGCUGCAGUGGUGUGUAGAGAGCUGCACUGUGGAGACGCUGUAGAUGCACUGAGUGAUGCUCACUUUGGACCAGGAUCAGGACCAAUCUGGAUGAAUGAUGUGGACUGUAGUGGAUCAGAGGCCACAGUGAAAAACUGUAAAUCACCAGGAUGGAGUAGAAAUGAUUGUGUUCAUUCUAAUGAUGCUGGGGUCAUUUGUUCAGAAGUCAAGCUACUUGGUGGUUCUCGCUGCUCUGGGAGAGUGGAGGUGCUUCAUGGAGAGACCUGGUCCACAGUGUGUGAUGCUGACUUUGACCAGCAGGAUACAGAGGUUGUGUGUCGAGAGCUGGGCUACAGUGUGAGGUUGGUGGAUGGUGGCAGUCGCUGUGCUGGGAGAGUGGAGGUUCUUCAUAGAGGACAGUGGGGAACAGUGUGUGAUGAUGAGUGGGAUAUGAGAGAUGCUGCAGUGGUGUGUAGAGAGCUGCGCUGUGGAGAGGCUGUAGAUGCACUGAGUAAAGCUCACUUUGGACCAGGAUCAGGACAAAUCUGGAUGAAUGAAGUGGACUGUAGGGGAUCAGAGUCUACACUGAAGAACUGUAAAUCACGGGGAUGGGGUAAACAUAACUGUAAUCAUGGUGAAGAUGCUGGAGUCAUCUGCUCAGGUGAGCUACUUACUGAUGGUAUCCAUCUGUGUUCUGGGAGAGUGGAGGUGCUUAAUGUGAAGACCUGGUCCACAGUGUGUGAUGCUGACUUUGACCAGCAGGAUGCAGAGGUUGUGUGUCGAGAGCUGGGCUGUGGACUUCCUGUGGAGGUGCUGGAAGCAGCUGCUUUUGGCAGAGGGGAGGGACAGGUGUGGUCAGAGGAGUUUCAGUGUAGAGGCAACGAAUCUCAGAUUUACUUCUGUCCGACAUCACCUUCACAUAACUGCACUCAUGACAACGAUGUGGGCCUGGUGUGUGCUGGUCACACUCAGGCUCAACUGGCAAACGGCUCUGACUCCUGUUCUGGUCGAGUGGAGCUCCAGUACCUCAGUGAGUGGGGCACAGUGUGUGAUGUAAGCUGGGAUAUGAGAGCUGCAAGUGUCCUCUGUGGUCAGCUGAAGUGUGGGAGUGCUGUGACUGUGUUGGGGUCAGACUGGUUUGGGGAGGGGAUUGGCCAGAUCUGGGCUGAUGUGUUUGAUUGUCAGGGGAACGAAACACACCUGUCAAAAUGUCCCGUUUCAUCAUGGGGUCGAACUGCAUGCUCUCAUAAACAGGAUGCUGGAGUCAUCUGCAGUGGUUCCUCUCUGGCAUUUCAUGAAGGGCGAGUGCGGUUGUCUGGAGGGAUGGAGUGUGAGGGGGAGGUGGAGGUGUACUUCAGGCAGGACUGGAGGAGAGUUCUGCUGGACUCCUGGAGUGAGUCUGAGGCCUUUGUGGUCUGCAGACAGCUGGGCUGUGGAUCUGUGUUCAGCUUUUCCAGCUCCUCUCCAUCCAAUCCUGAACACAGACACAUGUGUGUGACGGGUUUCAGUUGUUCUGGGAGUGAAGCUCAUCUGGGGAACUGCAGCAGUGCAGAAACAGUCAACUGCAGCUCCAGAGAACAACUCUCAAUCACCUGCUCUGGUAAGUUUAAUUCAGCUCACAGCUCCAUCAGGCUGGUUGGUUCUGGGGGAGACUGUGCAGGAAGGCUGGAGGUUUUCCACAGUGGCUCAUGGGGGACAGUAUGUGAUGACUUGUGGGAUAUUGAGGAUGCACAGGUGGUGUGCAGACAGCUGCAGUGUGGAGUGGCUCUCAGUGCUCUGGUACCAGCCCAGUUUGGACCAGGAACUGGACCCAUAUGGCUGAAUGUGGUGGAGUGUAAGGGGAAUGAGACGUCCCUGUGGAACUGCAGAUUUCAGCAGUGUGAAGAGGAUGAAUGUGGACACGAGGAGGAUGUAGGAGUCGUGUGCUCAGAUCACCUGCCUCUCAGGCUGAGGGGAGGAAAUGGAAUCUGCUCUGGGAGGCUGGAGGUGUAUCGUAACGCUGAGUGGGGGUCCGUCUGUGAUGGUCUGUGGGACAUCAUGGAUGCUCAGGUUGUCUGCAGGCAGCUGGGCUGUGGACCAGCGCUGAGUGCUGAUGGGAGUGCUGUCUUUGGUGCUGGGCUUUCUAAGAGGAUGGAGAACAUAGUCUAUGAAGGCCUUAGAAGAGGGCUUGAGGGAGUCUAUGAAGGCUUGAGUAGGGGCACUGAGAGAGUCUAUGAGGAGAUUUACUGCAGAUUCAAUACUGCAAGAGCCACUCAAAGGGGAAGUCUCCUCUCUGAAGCACAGCAUUCAGGAUAUGAGGAUGUAGAUGAGGAGGUCCUCUCAGGAAGUAUCCUAUCUGAAGAACAGCAUUCAGGAUAUGAGGAUGUGGAUGAGGAGCUUCUUUCAGCAAAGUCUCUGCCUGGAGUGAAAUCAGAAUAUUAUGAUGAUGUCACCACCAGAGGUGAAGCAGAAAAAGACGACAUAGCAGAUAACUAUGAUGAUGUCAUCACCACUAGACAGAUCUCUGAGUGUCUCAUAGAGAACGUAGCAGAUAAUUAUGAUGAUGUCAUCACUGAUGAUCAGAGCUCAGCUGUUGUAACAGAAGACAUGACAGAUAACUAUGAUGAUGCUGUUACCGCUGGACCAAACUCCAACAUUAUGACAGUGUCUCUCCUGGUUCUGGGAGCAGUGCUCUUCCUGGCCUUAGUGCUUCUGGUGGUGCUGUUUUACCAGAACAGAGUGCUCAGGAGAGUGAUCUCUAAGCAGAGGCGUAAGGCUCUGACUGAGGCAGUCUAUGAGGAGAUCGACCGCGGGUACAUCACUAAAAGAAAUGCCUUGACUCGAGGAGGAAGUAUCUCUCUGAAGGAUAUGAGGAUGUGGAUGAAGAGCUUCUCUCAGGAAGUAUCCUCUCUGAAGAACAGCAUUCAGGAUAUGAGGAUGUGGAUGAGGAGCUUCUCUCUGGUUUGUGUUUGUUCAGUGUAG